UCUCGAGAUACAGGGCUGCAUACUCGUCUCAAAGGUCAAACGAAAAACCCGCAGAUAUCUGGGUUCUGACAUGGCAAUCAGUUUGUGAUCAAUCUUCUCAGCAAACCACCUCAUCUUUCGGUUUAUUCACGAUCCUCUCCACCGCCCGACUAAGACGGCUGACCGCAAUAAAUUUUAUAUCCACAUCAACCCAGAGUAUCACAUUCUCGAAGCUCAAAUUGCACCACGUGGCACCCGCCCAGACAAACUAGGACAAACGCGAAUAAAUAAACCGCUACCAACUGCAGAUUUCUGAAACAUUAACUUCCAGUAACCAACCAGGGCCUAGUGUUCUUCACUGUUCAUCUUUUUUUCGUUCUUGUGUUUUGUUCACUCUAUUUGCUUUUUCUUAAUAAACCUUCAUAUCUAUUUGCUUUCAUUAAUGGAUUGUGUGUUCCUUGACAUUGACUGAUCCAAGCAAUACUGAUUCAGAGGCGGGAGUUUGGUGCUUUUCGUUGAACAGGUAAAGCUUAAGCUCAAUUUUGAUUCUUUUUCUAUGCUUUUAACCAUUCAAAUGAUUCAAAUCAGCAGUUCUUUAUACAUAAUUUUUAUGGGUUUAUGCUGAUUUUAAUGAUGAAGACUUGUUUUUGCUGGGGUUGAGAAUUACCGCCAUGAUUUUCCAGUUUACUAGUUUCAAGUUAGGAGAAGUAUUUUGGUAAAGAUAAUAAAGGUCUGAGGGGGGGUAGUAUGGAACCUCUAUGCGAUUUUUGUCGAGGGGUAAGGGCAGUAGUUUACUGUAAAUCAGAUUCAGCUCGGCUUUGCUUGAGCUGUGACGGAUGUGUUCACUCUGCAAAUUUGUUGUCACGUAGACAUGCUCGUUCACUUUUGUGUGAGAAAUGCAAUUCUCAAUCUGCAGUAGUUCGAUGCUUAGAUGAGAAAUUAUCUCUUUGUCAAGAUUGUGAUUGGAAUGGCAAUGGUUGCUCAAGUUUGGGACAUAGGCGAGAGGCCCUGAAUUGUUACACAGGUUGUCCUUCUUUGGCUGAGUUUAGAAGAAUCUGGUCUUCUGUUCUUGAUGCUUCUUCUCCCGGUUGUUUUGAUGCCGCUUUGCUUGUUGGUGCUUUGCCUGCUAAUGACGAUUGUUUUGCUUCCUGUUUGAAUCAAAGAGAACAAGGGGUCUCAUUUGGAUUGGCUGGUAUCAAGUUAAAUGAACUAGAUUCUUGUCCUAAACCAAAGCAAUGCAUGGAGCCAUCUUCUCUGAUAUCAACAAAUGCAAAUUACAUGCCUUACUGUAGAGAUCAAGAACCUAUUUUCUCAGAGGAGUUGAAUAUACCAAAGGGUCAUUCUGACCUCAAAGAUUUCAAAGUGCCUGAUGGUGAUGAUCUCUGCGAAGAUCUCAACAUAAAUGAUGUUCAACUAAUCCUUGAAACUGCUGACAAGAUAUUUGGCUGUUCGCAAGGUCAAACAAGAUACCAGUUUGAGGGUGUUGGGACAGACUGCAUAUUAAUGGACAAAACCUUAUCAGUAACAGAAUCUGAUGGUCCUAUUGAGAACACAUUAGAGGCAUCAGCAGCAGGACAAAAGGAUUGCGUACCUUUUCCAUCCUCUCAAGUUGGUGGUUCAGCUAGUGUGAUAGCUGCCAUGACUGGCACUUCCAAUUUCAUGCUUAUAAAUCCUGGUUGUAACAGAAACAUCAAUUUAGGAUAUCCUGUUGGUCAAAUUCCUUCAACCAUAGCUCUUUCACUACCAUCCAAUGUUACAGGGGAAAAUAGCCCUGCUGAUUAUCAAGACUGUAGAUUAUCACCAGUUUUUCUAACUGGUGACUCCCCAUGGGAAUCAAAUUUCGAAGCUUGUUGCUCACAAGCAAGGGACAAAGCAAAGAUGAGAUACAAUGAAAAAAAGAAAACAAGGACAUUUGGUAAGCAAAUAAGAUACGCCUCUCGUAAAGCCAGGGCUGACACUAGGAAACGUGUGAAAGGCAGAUUUGUGAAAGCAGGUGAAGCAUAUGAUUAUGAUCCUCUUGUUGCACGGAACUUCUAAGCCACAUUAUAAAAUCAUGUCCCCAAUCUUGAAGGUUUAGUUAGUCUUUCUUGAUCACGGAGAGGAGCAGUAAACUGUAGAUUCCAACUUAAUGCUGCCAUAGGUUCUCUCUCUCUCUGUGUUUGUGUGUGUGGGUGAAGGUGAUCUUGUUUGCAUUUGUUAUGAGGAUUAUUUGGCUUCAUUACAAUAAGCCUGUUUCAUGUGUACAAUGGCAGAUAUAUUGUGCUGGCCACUUCAAAUUAUCUGAGUUAGGGACACCUCAAGCUAGUUGAUCUCAUCCCUGACGAUCUAUGAACUGCCUCAAUUAUGCUUGUGUUAUAGUUCCUUAUUAUUGGUAAUGAGACUUUUUAAAAAUAAAUUAUUCAUGUAAAACCACUGCUUACAUGCCAUCCUAAUGAAAUUGACAUGAUGCUUUUCUACUUCAUUUACCCAUAGAAAAAAAAAAAAAGCAGUUACAUUCAAUUCACCA